UUUAUAUUUUGACUUUUAUUUUUUUUUCAUGUUCAUAUUCUUUGUUUAAUCAAAUUAAUUAUCAAUUUGUAUUUGUAUUGAUGCAAGUCCAUAUCAGAUAAGAUUGUUAGAAAAGUGGAGAAGUUUGCUCAGUGAUAUCAUGUUAUAAAUAAUUAUAAGUGUUCAAGCAGUGAUAUUAAAAAUCCGCCCCCUAGAACAUUGGGCCCAAAUUCAGAAUUUUGCUGGAUAAAAUACUGCAACAUGUCUCUUCCUCAGCCACUGGUGAAAUUAUUCAAGCACAUCGAUGACAACAAGAAGGCCUACAUCGAGCACCUUCGCGAUGCCGUCGCCAUCCAGUCCGUCUCUGCUUGGGCCCACAAGCGCGGUGAAGUGCGCCGAAUGAUGGAAUGGGCGGCCGAAGAACUGAAGAAGCUCGGCGCAGAGACGCAGCUGCGCGACCUCGGUGCGCAGACGCUGCCCGACGGGCAGUCGAUCCCGUUGCCGCCCGUGCUGUUGGGCAGUUUGGGGCGGGACCCUAAGAAGAGGACGGUGUUGGUGUACGGCCACUUGGAUGUUCAGCCCGCCCACAAGGAUGACGGGUGGAAUACGGAGCCGUUCGAGUUGACGGAGAAAGACGGCAAACUGUUCGGUCGAGGCUCCUCAGACGACAAAGGCCCCGUCCUCUGUUGGCUGCACGCCAUCGCCGGCUUCCAAGCGACCGGCGAGCCGGUGCCGGUCAACGUCCGGUUCGUGUUCGAGGGCAUGGAGGAGAGCGGCAGCGUUGGUCUCGACGCUCUGCUGGAGAGCGAAAGAGAAGGGUUCUUGUCCGACGUCGAUUACGUGUGCAUAUCGGACAACUAUUGGCUGGGCACGACGAGGCCGUGUCUGACCUAUGGGCUGCGAGGCGUUUGCUAUUUCUUCGUCGAGGUGGAGGGUGCCGCCAAGGAUUUGCAUAGCGGCGUUUAUGGUGGUACAGUACACGAAGCGAUGACCGACCUCGUGUACGUGCUGGAUAACCUGGUCGAUAAGGAGGGCAAAAUCCUCGUUACGGACCUGUACAAGGACGUGGCGCCCCUCAUGGAUGGCGAGAACAGCAUCUACGAGAAGAUCGAAUUCGACGUGGCCGAGUACCGCAAAGACGUCGGCACCGACAGGCUGAUGCACAAGGAGGUGAAGGAACAACUGCUGAUGCACCGUUGGAGGUACCCCUCUCUGUCGAUCCACGGCAUUGAAGGAGCUUUCAGCGAAGCCGGACAGAAAACUGUGAUACCCGGAAAGGUAACAGGCAAGUUUUCUAUCAGAAUCGUACCCAACCAGACUCCCGAUAAGAUUGAAAAGUACGUCGUCGAUUACGUGCAGAAGUUGUGGAAGAGUAGGGGCAGUCCGAAUAAAAUGAAGGUUUUCAUGGCCGACGGCGGCCAUCCGUGGACGGAGGACCCCUCGCACCCCCACUACGCCGCCGCCGCCGCCGCCACCCGGCACGUGUACGAGGUGGAGCCGGACCUGACGCGCGAGGGCGGCUCCAUCCCCGUCACGCUGUCGCUGCAGGCCGUCACCGGCAAGAACGUGCUGCUGCUGCCGGUGGGGGCGGGCGACGAUGGGGCGCAUUCGCAGAACGAGAAGGUCGACGUCAGGAACUACGUGGAGGGGACGAAGCUUCUUGGUGCGUACUUGUAUGAAGUAUCGCAACUUUCAUCUUAGCUUCGAAAUUUUAUUGGAUACAAACCCUCAUUUGACAAUCAAAUUAUACCAAAAAGGACACAAAAUGUCAAAAGUUGAUCAUAAAAUUUCGACGAGGGACGAAGAGGGAAGAAAAACAUAAUAAUUAAAUUGUUUCUAUGGUUUAUAAUUUAUAAGGGCAUUCCGGAUACAAGAUUGAUAUUUUGCAUGUGAUAAAUAUACAUAGGGAAAAUAAGUUUCGUUGAUAUACCGGGUGUCCCUUUAAAGUCGUCUAGCGGCGGUAUCUAAGAAAAUAUUUUCAUAUGGAAGCAAGUUACAAGAAUAAUAUUUUCGCGCCGUUGGACUACUUCAGUAUAAAAUACAAUCAUAUUAUUAUUAUAAUAUAAAAUGCCUAAUUAUAUUUUGUAACUAUCUAUUUUUUUCUUUUGAAUGAAUUUUUUCCUUUUUUGCGAUCCCCCACGGCUUUUCUUUUCCUGUGCCCCCCUCCUACGGCUCUGUCGAAGCCUCUCAACCAUUUGUUUCUAUCGUCUUCCCAAGCCAGUUGUUUAACAU